CCUGUGAAAACAGACCGGAUUCUAGAUUUGCGUUUACUAUAUUGACAAAUUCCAACAUUCGACGCCGCUUGCAAGUAGACUUAUGUUCACAGCUUGGAUAGAUUACCUACAAGUGAGCAGAUUUGUAGAUUGCAAAUACUAUAUCCAAUUACAACGGAACAACAGGUAUCCCGCCUAUUGCACCGGAACCAGUGGGUAGAUCUGGUAAAUCAAGGGCGCUAUUGAUCUCAUAUGGCUCAUUCUUCGUUUUGUGGAGAUUCGGUUUGGACGUGCUUAGCAUUUUGUGUCCUGAAACAAUUCUAUUGAGCUAAAAAAAAAUUGGACUAACAGCAGUGUUGUACGCCGGUUAAAAAGUGAGAAAAUAGCCUGCUGUGAUUUACAAACUCUCUCACCAAACGGCUGAGCAGGAAUUCGUGGCCAGAGAAAGCAUCUCGUUGUAGGUAUUUUGUUUUCAUUUUGCAUUCUAUGCUAACGAAACACAACGAAAUACAAAUUUCGUAUAAAUAUUUACCUGUCCAGUUGAAUUGAAGCCAUUUGAACUGACCCAAUUCGGUGAAGAUAAGGGCAACUAGUAGUGCAUCGGAGUGCGUGAGGGAGCUUUUAAAAACCAAACAAUGAAGCCCCUAUCAGGUGCAAGUGAUACAGAGCGAAGAAAUGAUGAAGGUCAUGAUUCGAAGCCGGCUGAAGUGCAAUACCCACCGCUGGUGCGGAAUCUUAUACUGCGAGCAAUGUGCGGCGUCUAUCUGGUGGCAUUUCUAAGCUUCUACGCCCAAGCCGAAGGUCUGUACAGCAACUCAGGCAUUCUGCCGGCCAACCGCGUCCUCGCCAAUGGCACCCUCCAGGAACGAUUCAACCUGCUCCGUCUCGUCCCACUUUUGGGACUAGACAGUCAAUCCGGAAUAGACCUCUUCUGUUUGGCUGGUUGUGUAGUCGCUUUUCUUGGCUUAGUCUUCAGCGACUUUUGCCGCUUGCAAAGCUUCAUCGCCAUGUGGUCUCUGUACUUCUCCCUGGUUCAGAUCUCGCAAUGCUUCAGACAGCAGUCGGAUGAGCUGCUUUUGGAAGUUGGCUUCCUUUGCAUUCUCUUGGCGCCAUCGAAACUGAGUGAUCCACGGAGCUCAAUUGAAGACCUCGCCCUGCUGUUGAUGAAGUGGCUGCUGUUUAGGUUCGUGUUUGCUUCCGGAUCGGUGAAGCUGGCAAGUGGAUGCCCUCUCUGGUGGGACUUGACCGGUCUGAAGCGGCAUUACGAAACGAUGCCAUUACCAACUUCUUACAGUUGGUACACGUAUCAGCAACCUGAUGGGCUCCACAGACUGAGUACGAUCUAUGUUUAUUUGAGUGAGCUGGUGUGCUCUUGGCUUUUCUUUGCGCCGAAUCAGAAAGUUCGGAUGUUCGCGCUCUGGUGGCAACUGUUUCUACAUUUGAACAUCAUUGGAAGCGGAAAUUAUGGAUUCUUGAGUUUGAUCGUAAUGACACUAUUGCUGACACUAGUUGAUGAUCGUGAACUAGCUAGAACGCCAGUUAAAAAGGAGGCACGAAAGGAGGAUAGAACCGGAGCUUUAACGGUGAAAUUGAUCUCAAUUCUGAUGGUUGUUGGAACGUGGAUUGUGUUUGGAGUUGGUUACAAAAAUGGAGAACUCGCUUUCAAGUUGCUUUUCAACCGAUCACAGUAUUUGAACAUGAUGCAGAUGAUGCUGCGAAUGGCACCACUGUUGGUGUUGAGCUUGAUGGUGCAAAAGUUUCUGAAGAUUGUGAAUAAACAGGCAGGUGUUACUACAGUUGCCGAAGGAAUCCGCAAGAUGACAGAGAACUGGCAGCUCUUCCUACCGACACUGGCAGCGUUCAUUGUUUUACUCACAUCAAUCGUUCCUCACUUCCAGCUGACACAAUCCACUGCAAUCAGUUCAUCGAUCUUCACAAAACCUUACCAGGGCCUACAUAAUUUGCUAGUAGUUAACCAGUAUGGACAACAUCUAAUUAAAAUGCGACCGAAACGACUCGAAAUAAUUUUGGAGUACUCCGACGAUCUCACGGGUCCUUGGCACGAGUACGGCUUCGAAUACAAACCAUGGAAUCACGAAGGUUCCAUGCCGUAUGCCUGGGUCUAUUUCCCUCGUUUCGAUUUUAAAUUCUACGAUGCCUCAAAUUCCAAACCGAACACAAAUAAAUGGCUUUACCCAUUAGUGCAACGACUUCUUCAAAAUGAACCAGCGGUUCUCAAACUGUUCGACGAAGAUCACGUUCCUGCCAAGCCACCGAAGUUUAUCCGAGCUUCUCUUUAUCACUUUAGUUUUACAUCAUGGUUCGAAGGCAACAGUACAACCUUCUGGACCCGGGAACGAGUCAGUGAUUACUUCCCAGCGUACACCCUCAACGACGGGUUUCUAGAAACAAAACUCAAAGACAUCGGCAUACCUACGACGGCCACUCCGCCGGAAGCCAUAAAUCUUCCACUGAAAUGGCUGUUGGACGCCGUGAGAAACUUCCUCGCAAUUUUCGAAGGUUCGCUGCUCGUGCUGGGAGUGCUGGCAGCUGCCGUCGUAAUGAUAAUCACACAAAAGCAAACCUAAAGACAAAGAAGCACUAAAACCUGCGGUCAAUUUGGCGGUUUCGCUCCAUCUUGUCCCUCGCACUCUCAUGUUUGCACAAAUCACAUUCAGCACCAUCCCGACUGCACGCUGACAAGGGGACACUUGGAGUUGAAACUUGCCGUACCAAAAUUCUCGUUAGCAAUAUUCUAGUUGGUAGUAUGUAAGGUCCAAUUACCGGAUGCUAUGUAUCUAAAUAUUCCAUGCAAUAGAAUCAUUUUGAUGAAUAAAAUGUCAAUUAGAGAGAGAGUCAAAAAAAGUAAAGGCUGCGUGGAACAGAAA